AUGAAGAGCGCUAUUCUUCUUUCCGCAUUCUCUCUGGCCUCUCUUGGCUCUGCUGCAGUGCACGGAGAGCGAGGUCUUAGCAGCAGCAGUAGCAAGGUCAGCACCACUACUGUAAAGGCACCAUCCAGCAGUAUCAAGACUUCGAUCAAAGCCACGACCUCCUCGUUCAAGACCUCUUCGAAAGCCUCCAGCAGCUCGGCCAAGGUCAGCUCAAAGUCUUCCUCGAAAGCCUCUUCUUCCUCAAAGGCUUCCUCAAAGGCUUCUUCUUCCUCAAAGACCUCUUCUGCUUCAAAGACCUCCUCCAAGGCCUCUUCCUCCAGCAAAGCCGCAAGCAGCUCUACCAAAUCAGCCUGCAAGAGCUCUUCACUAGCCAAGAGAGCAACUCAGACGGUAUCCACCAAGGCAGCGGCUUCAACUGCAUCGACUCUGAGCCUCGACUUCAAAGCUGGCCUCUCAGGUUACCCCGGUAUCGAGACCCUUGAUAUGUUCCACCAGCAAUGGGUACCCUACAUUUCAUGGUACAGCAACUACGAGCCCGUUGCUCCCAAUGUUGACGCUUCAACUCACACUGUUGUUGGCGCCCCCAUGCUGUGGGGCAAAGGCGAUCAAUGCCUGACCAACAAUCCCGACGGCCCAGUCGACAAAUGGCGUCUCGGCAACUUCACCGAAUACGUUACCAGCGGCGAAACAAACCCAGAAGUCUUCUUUGGCUUUUACGAGCCAGACUGCGACUGUCCCUCUUCCAGCCACAUCACAGACGUCAACGUCGGCGUCCAAAAGUGGAAUGAAUUGAUCAAGCCCCUCCGCAACCGCGGCAUCGCACUCGGCUCACCNCCCAUGUGCACCCAACUCGACCAAUCCUGGCUCACCAACUUCGCUGCCCAAGGCGUCACCUGGGACAUCACCAGCAUCCACGUCAACAAGCCCACCGUCGCCGAAGGCAUCAAAGUGGUCGAAUACUACGUCAGCAAAUUCGGCAAGCCCGUGUGGGUCAGCGAGUUUACUUGCGUCAAUGACCAAAACUGGAGUUCUUGUGGUGAUCAAGCUACCGUCAAUGCGUUUAUUGAUGGCAUGGUGCAGUACUUUGAGGGCAAUGAUAUGGUGCUUGCUUAUGGUGCCAACAAUGGUGAGGGUGUGCCUGGUGUUUGGAAUUUGAUGACUAGUUCUUGGCCUCCGCAGCUUACUGCUACUGGUCUGCAUUACCAGUCUGUUCUCAAGAAGCUUGCUAGUGGAAGCUGCUAG